CUGCUGCUACAGUCAGCUGCGACAGUAGCAAUUUUCUCCACAGCAACAUGAAGUUCUUGGUGGUCGUGCUGGUGGCGUGUGUGGCGAUGGUGUCCUGCCAGCAGGAGCUGCAGCGCGAGAAGCGUGGGUACCUCGGCCUGGGGGCCGGACUGCUAGCCGCCCCCGCCGUCGCCGCCCCCGCUGUGGUCGCCGCCCCCGCAGUCGCCGCCGUCGCUGCCCCUGCAGUUGUCGCCGGACCCGCCAUCGGUUACGGAUAUGGCUACCUGGGCGGUGUCCACGGAAGGCUGGUGCACGGCUGAUGUGCCUUCCUCUCUAACCACCUUGUAUUGUAUUUCUUCGUUGCUGUGGCCUCAUUAAAGCUCCUUUUUGUAAUAUAA